AUGCGGAUGGCGGCCGGGGCCAUGGUGUCGACCAUCGGUGGCCAAGGCGAUGGGGCGACGCGGAUGGUAGCCGGGGCGACGGGGUCCACGGAUGGCGGCGAGGCGACGGGGUCCACGGAUGGCAGCGGGGCGACGGGAUCCACAGCUGGGGCGGAUGUGGGCGAUGCGGACGGCGGCCGGGGGGUUGUUUUUUUGCAGCCUGGUGAGCACAAACGGAAGCCCAAUGGUAUCUUGGGUCUUUUGUGCCGGCUGCACUUCCCCGGGCUCGUGAUGCAUGCCGGAGUGCUGGAGCCGGCAUACACGUGGGACCACUACAUGGCCAGCCCGGACGCUACUGAUCGCGAAGGAAGGAACUUCACCACCAAAGCGAGGCGGGUGGUCGGGGAGUUGUGGGAUUUCUACAGGUGCGAGGAAGGCUAUGAGGCCCGGGCGAACGAGCUGGCUCACCAGGCUUGCUACAAGCUGGUGAAGGACAUGCACUACGAGGCGCGUGUCCAAGCCGUCGUUGUGUACUGCGCCGAGUUCGAGAAGAGUGUCAAGAAACUAGCCGCAAGGGACAUCUUCCUCACGCGAGACCAGUACUUAAGGGUGCCUCCGAACGGGUGCGCAAACAAAGCCAAGUGCUGGUCUAUGAUGGUGGACAAGUGGAUCAACGAGGAUUGGGCCCGCCAGCACGCCUGA